AUGGGCAAGCAAACGAACUUGUACUCGUUCCCCGACGUGUCUGUGCUGGCGUCGGCCCUGCGGACAUACGUGAUCCAGUGCCAGAACGCAGGCAUUGCGCGCCACGGCGCCUUCAAGGUGGCCGUGUCGGGCGGCAGCCUGCCGGCAACGCUGGCCAAGGCGCUGCUGUUGCCGGCAUCGAAUUCGGCUCCGGUCUCGACACCAAACGGCACGAGCAACGGCACGUCGGCCAGCGGGGCCACGACACCCGGCAGCAGCAGCGACGACGUUGUGCGCUUCGACAAGUGGGAGAUCUUUUUUGCCGACGAGCGCGCGGUGCCGCUGGAUCAUGCCGACUCCAACUACGGCCUGCUGAAGGCAGAACUGCUGGACAAGAUCCCCGAGGGAGCCGGGCAGCCGGUGGUGCACGCCAUCGACACCAGCCUGCUCGCCGACACGCAGGAGCUGGCUGACCAAUACGAACAGGUGUUGGUGGCGUCGUUUGCCAGCCGCGACAGCGUGCGGCUGCCCAUCUUUGACCUGCUGCUGCUCGGCUGCGGACCCGACGGCCACACAUGCAGCCUGUUCCCCGGACACGAGCUGCUGCGCGAGACGAGUGCCUGGGUGGCCCCCAUCGAGGACAGCCCGAAGCCACCGCCGCGCCGGGUCACCUUGACGCUGCCCGUCGUCACUCACAGCGUGCGCGUGGCCUUUGUCGCCACCGGCGGCUCCAAGAAGGCCAUCAUGAAGCAGAUCUUUGACGAGGAGGGCGGCCUGCCGUGCGCCCUGGUCAACGACGGCGCCGGCGACCGCUGCAGCUGGUUCGUCGACAACGCUGCCGUCGAGGGCGUCAGCUUUCCGAAGCGGGGGUUCAACCUGUAG